UGCAGAGUCAGGACAUAAAGGAGGGGCAUGGAGAACCAGUGUGUGGAAAGAGCAGGAGUGAGGAUGUGUGUGUGGAGAGACAAGCACUAGCAGUAGUGAGGACGCUGGUUCUGCAUUUGUUUUGGGCCUGUUUUUCACUCAUCAGUUGCUUGUUUUUUUUAUUUUAGAGUUGGCAUCACUGCUGGGCUUUAUCACUUAGCUGAUUCUGACUUUCAAGCGCUUUUGGAAAAACCCAAGGAUUGUCGAAAAAUUGAGGAGAGCAUAGGAUAAUCUUCACUUUAACCUAUUUUCAAUUUUCCUUUUGUAGUUUUCACCAUUUGGAUUUAUUUUAAAUUAUUAUACUUUUUUACAAAAUGGCAAAACAACAUCAGCCAUCAUGCAAACUCGUUCUGUCUCAAAAAGGAUCCAUGCUGUUGAACAUAGAGGGAUAUUUAUUUGCAAAAAGCAAGCAGCUAGGAGAUAUAUGUUACUGGAAUUGCGUGGAGAAGAAAAGUGGAUAUUGUCCAUCAUAUGCCAGCACUAUUGAAUUCGGAACACCCGUAGUCUGUUCACAUGGAGAACACAAUCACCCCCCAUGGGCAGAGGAAACUGAUGUAGCUAGGCGUCGUGAUGCACUAAGACAAGCAAUAAAAAGAGCGAGGAGAGAGGACUUUCUUGCCAAAACACGAUCAUUAACAGAUAUUAAUGUACCCCAGCAUUUAAGGGAAAUUGGUGGUGAACUUUUCCUGGCCAAAGACACUACUUUUGCAGAUAACCGAAUAUUAAUAUUUGCUACCUUGGAGAACAUUCGUAAACUGCAAGAGGCACCUUACUGGGUUAUGGAUGGUACUUUUAAGACAUGUCACACUAUGUUCCAUCAUUUGUGUUCCAUUCACGCUAUGGUUGGAACAGAUGAAUCCACACAAAGAUUCCUACCGCUGGUUUACGGGUUACUGUCUAGCAAAAGUGAGGAAUGUUACAAAAAGUUUUUUUCAGAUCUACAGGAUUAUGCAGAGGAAAAUGAUAUCGAGCUUGCUCCACAGUAUAUAAUGACGGACUUUGAGUUGGCGACCAUAAAUGCAGCAAAGAGUGAGUUUCCAUGCAGUACUCAGAAAUGCGGUCUGUUUCAUUUGUCUCAGAACAUCUGGAGAAGUAUCCAGAGCGCAGGUUUAGGUGACCAAAAUGGAGCAGAGUCUGACUUUUCAAUUCAAAUGAGACAGUUACAGGCUCUGGCUUUCCUACCAGAAAGUGAGAUACCUUCUGCAUUUGUCAAAUUAAAAACUCAUAUGCCUAGGAAUGCUGCUCCAGUUAUUCAAUAUUUUGAAGAAAAUUUUGUUCUUGGAAAAAGUCGCAAUGCUAUUAGAAUAUCCCCUUGUUAUCCCCCAUCAAUUUGGUCUGUUGCUGAAAAUAAUGACCUGGGUAUCCCCAGGACACAAAAUGAGUUGGAGGGAUGGCAUCAAAGAUGGAAUACGAUUCUUGGUCAAAGAACAUUAGGAGUAUUCAAUCUAAUUACUCAUCUCAUCAUGGAGCAGCGUAAUACAAAGAAUCAAAUUGAAUUAGUUAUUGGAAAUGUUGCCAGAACCCUACCAUGCAAAGACGAUGUAAGUAAGGAAAAAGCAUUGCAGACAUGUGCCCGCAAUAGAGAUGCUUUGGACACACUAACCUUUUUGCGAGGCAUCGCGCAUAAUUUGAGACCAUAAUUCAUCCCAGGAAAAAAAAAACUUCAAAACUAUUUAUUGCCAUACUUUAGGAGACUUUUUAACAUUUAUUUUUCAAGGAAAAUAUCAGCUAUUUAGUUUCAUCUUUACAAGUUGGAUAUUUUCAUUUUUUUGGAAAUUGUUUAUUUUUGUUAAUGUUACUCAUUACUGGAUAAAAAAAACUAUUUAUUUGGAGUUAAAUGUUGGAUACUAUGUAAGCAAAGAGCAUUUAAGGGAAUCAUCCAUGUUAAGCAAGGCUGUCUGAGGAAAACAGGACACAAGAAGAAACUGUGUGGGACCAGAGGAUGAAUAGCAAAGAGCAGGAUCACCAAGAGACAACAAGAAUGGAGACCGGCACUGUGUCACAUGAUGAAGAGGAGUCAGCAGAAGAAGGAUCAAGCCACACCUGGUUUUGGAAUCCUGUGGCUGCCUGGCUCCGAUAUACUGCUGAUCCAGUGUCGGAGAGUGCGGCGCAUUGAAUAGGUGGUGACUGGCUGUGUUCUGCUGCAGAGGGCCGUGACUGAUAUCUUGGAAAAAUGGAUUUAAAUGCUAUAUUGGCUAUGUGAGUUUCCUGCAUUAUUGGCACUGCUAUAUUACUGUUUGUAGCAAUCGGAGUCUCUGGACUGAGAGAAUCACUGAAAUGCAGUCUUAUUGCUGUAGUCAUCUAUUUCACAUACAUUGGAGGCCCUGUCUGAAUCUCUCCUGAGCCAUGUGUACCUCUAAGAACCUCUAUUUUAUCUGCACCUUCCAGUAGGGCUUUGGAAUUGAAGUAUUUGGCUGAUAAAUUGGAUUCAUCUAGGAUAGAGUGGCUAAGUGCUCAAAAAGAAUGGCUCAGUCAUAUGCAGGAAUGAGUGAAAGGUCAUUUGCUAUUUUCAUCACAUUCAAUAUUUAGCAGGUAGCUACUUAGCGUAUUUAGUUAACACUGAACGUUCUGCUAAUAUUAUGAUAAUGAUGACAGUAGAGGGUGAUCUGGUGGGUUCUCUCCUGAGAUUGCUGAGGUUUUUUUGACCUUUUUUGAGAAUACAUAUUUCUCAAGCUAAUCAUGUAGCCAGGUGGAACUUUGAUUAGGGAAAAAGGAAAUGGGAAAACUACUGCACUGGUAUAGAGGUUUAUAUGAAUCAUGAAUAGAAUACCCCUUGAUAUAUAGUACUGCCUUAUAACUGGUCAAGCUUAGGGGGUGCUGCCACACAUUAUAUUGUUGCCAAUAUAAGGAACUGGUUUUGAAAGGAAAGGAAAGGAUUGGACUUUGGGUGGCACACUAGGACUGAAUGUACACAAUUAAAAUAUAACUUUUAUUUCCAACUUUAGAAAAGAGCCAAUAACUGUGAAAAUUGUAAAAUCAAAAAAGACAAGUGUGAGACACAGUGCAACAUAAAACCACACUCUUUGAAUCCACUGUGCUGUGCAAUGUCUUAUAUGUAUAAUAGAUUUAUUUCAGGUUCUAUGACCUUAUUAAAAAUUAAUUGGUGCUGUCAGAAUAUGAUCUCAAUAUUUUGUUGGGUGCAAACUUGUUUGGAAU